UUACGUCACUCAGCUUUUUGUUUUGAAUCUCCCAGGCGGUGGUCGCUUCAUACAACAGAGCCGGUUUUCUCUGUAAGUGUUCGGCGAGGACGUCGCUCUUCAAUUUAAGGGAUGCACACAUCAGUGCGUGAAAUCCACUUCUCAUCUCAGUCAGACGUCUCCUACUUUCUGCGAGUGGACUGGGAGGGGAGGAGUUUAGGCUUAGGCUUCAGUUUGAUGCUGACUGAUGGACAAAAGGCAUGGAAAGGAAAAGUGAGUGAAGAUGAGGUGAAUGAUGAGGCAGAGGAGCUGGAGAUGCCGACAGAGAGGUACAUCCAGGACCUCCAGCAGGCUCUAACAGAACCAGAAAACUCCGCCUCUUACUGCUUCACCCUGAGGCCAGAUUCACCGACCAGCAGCUGCCCUGUGACUCUAACGUACGAGAAAAUGCAGAAGGACAUCUCAUUCAAACUGGGUUCUGUCUUGCUGGAUCCAGUCAAAAAGCCAGCUGAAGCAGUGGCAGAGGUGCUGAUCCACACUUUGCAGCGAGGAAACACACUACAGGAGCACAACAGGAAACUGAUGGAGGAGAACCAGAGGCUGAUACAAGAACACCAACGCAUUAUUGAAGAGCUCAAACACUAUGCUGAAGGUAAAGAGGCCCUGGAGGCAGAACUGUACUCUCGGUUUGUCCUGGUCCUCAAUGAGAAGAAAGCAAAGAUCCGCAGUCUGCAAGAAGCCAUCACAACCCUGCAGGAAACAAGAGAUUCUGAUGGACGGAAGAACAAGGAUUCUCAAAAGUCGGAUCAAAAAGGGGGUGAUGACGGUGAGGAUGAUGAGUAUGGAGGUAGCACCGACGAAGAGCAAAAGGAAGAGGAGUCAACAGUAGCAUCUCAGGUGACAUCCAGAGAUUCUGAUUCUCCCAGCCCGUUGAAUCUCCGUGACAUCACGGAUGUUGCUCCCUGUCGCAAGCGCCGGUUCCGCCAUCUUGGUGCCCCAGAGGUUGCUUUGAAAAAAACAAACCCGGAAAAGACGCAGGAGAAAAGGAAAGAGUCUUCUGCAGCAUCCAGUCAACUGCAGGUUCCCCACCACCGUAUAGAUGCGAAAAAAGGAGCUUCAACAGAAAUGUCUGCAGCUGAAGACCUGUUUGAGGAUAUCUGACUCUGUUCCAUAACUGCAUCGGUUACUCCUGUUAAAAUUGACUUGUUUUGAAAUCAACCUGAAGAAAUUAUGUCGAUAUUUAACCUGUUAUUUGACCUGCAGCCACAGUGGGGUCUUUGAUAUAUUUUACUACUAAAAAUGUACUGAAGCUCUGAGUUGUCUAGAUUUACUGUAAAUUGGAAUGUUGAAUAAAGAAAAUAUACAAAAUAUAAUUU